ACCCAUUAUUGCUGACAUCGUAAUGGAGGAACUUCUCAAUAACACAUUUGACAAAAUAAGAAAACCUAAGAUAUUGACAAAAUAUGUAGACGACAUUUUCGCGAUUUUGAAGAAAUCAGACGUGGCAGAGACGCUGAAGACUCUGAACUCCUUCAACAACUACAUCCAAUUUACGAAGGAAGAAGAAUAUGAUGGCAAACUACCUUAUUUGGACUCGGUAGUUUAUAGACAUGGCAACCAGCUAAAAAUAGAUUGGUAUCAGAAAUCGACGGCUUCCGGAAGAUUAAUCAAUUUUUACUCUAAACACCACAAGAGAGUAAUAACAAACACAGCAACGAAUUUUAUAAGAAGAGUAUUUAGCAUUAGUGAUCCAGACUUUCAUCCUGACAAUGAGAGGAAAAUAAAGGCAAUUCUUAGAGCCAACGACUUCCCUAAUUGGACAAUUAAUUCACUAUUAGGCAAGGCCAAGGAACGUCUUGGAAAAAUCAUAGACGGAGAGCAGCCUACAAAAGGAAAAAUUUAUAAAUCGCUAACAUACAUACAAGGAUUCUCCGAAAGAUUUGGCAAAUCAAAUCUAUACGACAAGGACAAAUACCAUCUCGCAUUAAAAACAGGCAAAACUGUGAAUGAAUUAUUCAGCAAGACAAAAUGUAAAAUUAAAAAUGAGGAGAAGUCAAACGUGGUAUAUAAAAUUAGAUGUAACGGCGACAAGUCCAAUAUAUGCCCGAUGGCAUAUAUUGGCACUACCAUGACGAAAUUGAAAACUAGGUUAUCUGCACAUAAAUCUGACCAAAAAGCCAAUAAUAGACCAAUCGAGCAGAAAACUGCACUAGCAGCCCACUGUGCAUUGACUGGUCAUAAGCCAAACCUCAACGAUGUGGACAUCUUAGCUCAAGAGAACAAUUACAGACGAAGAUUCACUCUCGAGAUGUUGCAUAUCAUCGACUUACCGCCUGACGAGAGAAUGAAUUUCAAGAAAGAUAUAGAAAGCUGCGCGAAGGUAUACCGCCACACAGUCAACAAGCACAGCAGAAGAGAACAUUUAGUUGCCAACAGACAAUAGUUCGUGUAACAACUCAUUAAAUCCUUGAAAAUGGUAGACGGAGUCUACCGAAAUAUUGGAGAAAAAUAAAAGAAAAAAACCUUAAA